AUGAAGUCCUUCACCCCCGUCGCUUUCGCCUUGAUGGCCGCCCUUGGCGUUGUCGCCGCUGAUGUUUCUGCCUCUGAGUGUGCUUCCAUGUGUCUCUCCAACAUGAGCAAGCAGGCCGCCGACUUGGGCUGCAAGGCUGGUGACCUCGCCUGCCUGUGCAAGUCCGAUAACUACAAGUUCGGUAUCCGUGACUGCACUAAGGAGGCCUGCCCCAGCGAUGACGCCGAGAAGGUUCUCGCUAUGGCCGUCGCUAAGUGCCCUGGUGGUGUUUCUGGCUCUGACGCCACCGACUCCAAGUCCAGCUCUGCCUCCGGCUCUGACUCCAGCUCCACCAGCUCUGGCUCCGGUGCUGGUUCCGAUGUCACCACCACUGGCUCUGACUCCGCUACCUCCACUGGUGCCUCUGGCUCCAAGACUGCCACUGGUUCCGACGCCACUGCUACUGGCUCUGGCUCCGCUACCAAGACUGGCUCCGCUACUGGCUCUGGCGCUUCCGGCUCCGGCUCCUCCAUGGUCACCAAGACCAGCACUAGCACCGGUGCCAACGGCACUGCCACUACCACCACCACCUCCGCUGUCUCCGGCUCCGACUCCGACUCUGACUCCGACUCUGACACCAACGGCUCCGGCUCUGGCUCCAAGUCUGGCUCUGACUCUGACUCCGACAGCAACGGUUCCAGCUCCGCUUCCGGCUCUGCUGCUCCUACCUCCAGCGAGGGUGCCGCUGCCCCCAUGGCCACUGUUGGCAGUGGUGCUAUGGGUGUCCUCGGUAUGCUCGCUAUCCUCGCUCUGUAA